UAGAAAGUGUAUGAAUCGGAGCUCGAAAACUGCAGUAGCGGAGGUGGAGGAUAGGAGUGCGGAUCAUUUUUCGGCCCUACGCGCGGCCUCCCUCCCGGGACGAAUGAACGCGCUCGCCAACGCCCGGCGAUCGAAGCGGCGGCGGUUCGAUGGAUUAUAAAACUAGUAUAUCUCUCGCUUCUCUCUAUCAUUCUCCGUUGCCACGCUAAUCGCUCAGCGCGGCAACUGUUCGACGGAAUGCCGCCCCGGAUUAGGAGGGCGCCGGCGAGGCGAGCGGCGCCGGAGGAAGUGCCCGACCGCGUCAGCGCUCUGCCGGACGAGGCGCUCCACGCCGUGCUAUCGCUGCUCCCGGCGCACGACGCGGUGCGGACGUGCGUGCUCGCCCGGCGCUGGCGCCACCUCUGGGAGCACGCGCCGGCGCUCCGCGUCACCGACGUCGAGGGGUGGAAUCCGCGGCUGCGGGGCGACGGCCUCGGCAGGUUCAUCCGCUUCGUGGACGGCCUCUUCGUCAGCCGCCGCCGCCGCGACGCGCCUCUGGAGCUGUGCGACCUGGACUUCGAUUUCCCGGAGGACAAGGGGAAGGAUUGGCAUGUCAACCGCUGGAUCAUGCUAGCCCUGUUGCGCCACCAUGCCCGGGUGCUACGGAUCUCUUUGCCCGCGUACAUCACGCUGCCUGAUGUGCCUCUCAUCUCUCAGCGCCUCACCAGGUUAGAGCUUGAUGGUGUUCUUGGCAACGAUAACAUUCUUGAUUUCUCCUGCUGCCCGGCGCUGAUUGCUCUGAAGAUGAAGUGCUGCCGUAUCAAUGCCGAGAAGAUGUCAUCUCCAUCCGUUAAAAUCUUGAGCCUUGCCUCCUGUGAAUUUUAUCCAGCUACCCGUACUCAGAUGUCUUUUCCAAGUGUUGUUUCAUUGGAGCUAGAUGGAUGUUCUGGUAGCGUUCCUUUCCUUGAAAGCAUGCCAUCCUUGGUAGCUGCAAUUGUUAUAUUUGAUGACGAUUAUGCAGACAGAUGUGACAAUAGUGUCCUUGGUGACUGUGGCGACGAUUCUUGCGUUGAUUGCUGCAAUUAUUCUGACCGCAGCAAAUGCGUUUGUCUCAAUGGUUUAUUGGAAGCUACACACUUGGAGUUGUCAGCUGAACCUGCAAUGUAUGUUUUCAGGAGGGAUUUAAAUUUGCUCUUGGCAUGUCAUACAUUUGCCAAGUUGAAGACUUUGGCACUUGGUGAAUGGUGCAUGACUCAUGACCUCAGUGCAUUGAUUCGGUUUCUACAGCAAUCACCAAUUUUGGAGAAGCUUACUAUUAAAAUCCCAGAGGAACCCAAAUGUUCUAUGGAUGCAGGACAACAAAAGAUACCAGAAGAGCCGUUUGUAUCCAACCAUCUUAAGAUUGUUGAAAUUAAAUGCAAAGGCAAAGAGGUCAUGUGGGUUUGCAAAUUCUUGAAGACCCUGGGUACCUUUGGCAUACCCCUCGAGAAAAUUAACAUCAAACUGACUAGUGAACACUGUCGAUCUGAAUGUUUUAAUUUUGUCUGUACUGGUUUCAGCUGCUCCUAGAGUUGAAUUUUUUUUAGCCUUCUGGAUCAAGAGGAGGUCGGAAGAAUUGGGCCGUUGGUGGAUGAGAUAUCUCUUGAGAUAUUAUUCAGACGUAUCCGUGGUGUUGCAGUCCUCUUAUUAUAUUGAUUAAGUAGUCUCAUCGGAUUUGGUUCCAUAUUUACUAUAUUAGCGAUAUUAGAAGUACUCUUACAUAUUUGGCUAAAGUGUAGCCUUGCAGUAUGAGUCAUAGCUCUACUGCUUAUGAUGCUAAAGAACUCGUAUCGGUACCAUAUCUAGUUCUGUAUGUACGACAUUAUAAGUAGCCUUAUAUAUUAUGCUAGUAUAGCCUUGCAGGAUGAGUGGUAUAGCUCUGUUGCGUAUGAUGCUAAAGAACUCGCCUUCUAAAUCUGAUGCAAUUUAGAUAUAAAUUCGGU